UUAAGAUGACACCCAUAAGCAAAGGGGGUUCAAACAGGCUAGGCUGCCUUGUCCGCUUCUUUUUUCCUUCCCUUUGCCUCUGAUUCGUUGACCCACAAUCACUCGCCUCAAUCCCCAAACACGAUUCACUGUUUCGCAAAAGAGCUCUUUAAGAUCUGUUGUUUUUCGAUUUCACAAUUCCAAGAUCUGCUCUCAAGAUCGAAACGACACCAUUUUCCAGAUCUGGGUUUGGUUGUAUUUGUCUGGAAUGUCGGUUUUGCCCAAAGGUGAUUCGGUUCAAAUUCGAAAAGUUUGGAACGAUAAUCUAGAAGAAGAGUUUGUUUUGAUCCGUGAAAUUGUUGAUACUUACAAUUAUGUUGCUAUGGAUACUGAGUUCCCAGGUGUUGUUCUACGCCCCGUUGGAACUUUCAAGAACGUAAGUGAUUAUAACUACCAAACUUUGAAAGGUAAUGUGGAUAUGUUGAAAUUGAUCCAGUUAGGUCUCACUUUUUCGGAUGCCAACGGGAAUCUUCCCACUUGUGGAACCGACAACUUUUGCAUUUGGCAAUUCAAUUUCCGCGAGUUUAAUAUCAGUGAAGAUAUCUUCGUUAGUGAUUCCAUCGAGUUGUUGCUUCAGUGUGGGAUUGAUUUUAAGAAGAACAAUGAAAAAGGUAUUGAUGUGAAACGGUUCGGUGAGCUUUUGAUGUCGUCCGGGAUUGUGUUGAAUGAUGAUGUGCAUUGGGUCACUUUUCAUAGCGGAUAUGAUUUCGGGUAUUUGCUUAAACUAUUGACCUGCAGGAGUUUGCCCGAUUCUCAAACUGGCUUCUUCAAACUGAUCAAAUUGUAUUUUCCGAUGGUAUACGAUAUCAAACAUAUGAUGAAGUUCUGCAAUGGCCUACAUGGUGGUUUAAACAAGCUGGCCGAGUUGUUAGAAGUGGAAAGAGUUGGUGUAUGCCAUCAAGCUGGUUCGGAUAGUUUGCUCACAUCAUGCACAUUUAGGAAGUUGAGGGAUAACUUUUUCAAAUCAGUACAGAAAUAUGCAGGUGUACUGUAUGGCUUAGAGGUCGAGGGCGGGCAGAAUUCGGAUUAAAAGAGAAAAUAAUUGGGAAAAAGGAUGUAGACUACUAAGUGUGUGAGACUUAAUUUUAUUUGUAUACAUUGGCCAAAGAAGAAAGAUUGUUGAUUUAGUUGUGACUUUUUCUCUUUUGCUUGCGUUGUAACUAAAACCUUUAACUGGUGUUCAAGUUAAAGUCCAGUGUAAAUUAUGCAGUUAGUGUUUCAAUAAUAAUUGUAACAAUUCCCAUCUUAUCAUUUUAA